AUGUCUUUCUAUCUCGUCACACAGGCCACUGGCCAACAAAGCCAAUGGGUCAUCAAGCAUCUACUCGAAGCUGGCCACAAGAUCCACGCCGUCGUGCGCAACAUCGAAAAGAUACCAGCACUGCUAAGUGACCCGAACAUCACUCUCUUCCAGGGAGAAAGCAGAAGCCUCGACGAUAUCUUCAAAGCUGCUCAGGGCUGCGAGGCCGCUUUUCUCAACACCGUUUCCUUCCCUGGCUUGGAGGUCCUUCAGGCCAAAACAAUUGUCGAAGCUUGCGAGAAGGCUGGCGUCAAGAACCUCAUCGCCGCUACCGCCAUUUGUACAAAUCGAAAAGAUAUAUGGGAUAAUGAAGGUGUCAAAGCUAUUCCUCGUCUCCAUGAAUACUAUGCUUCUAAAUACGAGGUUGAAAAUAUUGUUCGCACUGGAAAGUUCGAAUCAUACACUAUUCUCCGGCCCGCACUUAUCCACUACGACUUCUUUAUCCCAAAUGCCUACAAUAACUUUCCACGUCUCCCAACAGAAGGCGAAAUUGAUGAUCUUCUCGCUGAUGGGGCCAAACUCCCUUACACCGAUGCUCAUGACGUGGGAAAGUACGCUGCUGCGGCCCUUCAGGAUCCUGCCAGAUUUCGGGGCCAAGAAAUUGACCUUGGAAAUGAACUGUUCGACUUUGAGGGGGUUAGGAAUAUCCUGGUCAUGGUCAGUGGUAGAGAAGUCGGAAUUGUGAAGCGCAUCCCUGAAGAGGUGGAAAAGUUGGACAUCGGUGUUCAUGGCCACAUGUUUCAGCAUUUUGCCAACUUGAAGCCCUUUGGAUUUGUCGAGAGAGGCGCCAAAGAGGUUCAGAACAAGUUUGGUAUUCACUUUACUUCACUUGAAGACGCUUUACGAAGGGACAAGGAUAGACUCAUGGAGUGUAUUCCAGCCAAAAAGGGGGCUUAA